AUGGUGGUGGUGGGCAUUGUGGGCCCCCAGAAGAGUGGCAAAAAGGCAGCUGCGGCGAUCCUGCGGGAAGUGCACGGCUCGAGCAUUGUGGAGUUAGCCAGCUUUGCAAAUCGGGAAGUGAAAAGUGGAUCAAAAAAUGGCCAAGUCCGGGGCCUUAAGAGGGGCCUUUGUUCCGAAAUGAUUGAAGAAGAUGGACAAGAAGAAGAAGAAGAAGCAGCAAGCCCAAAGACUGCAGAAGCAGCAGCAGCAGUAGCAGCAGUGGAAUACUGUACGUACAGCUGGCCUGCAGCAGAUUCCUACUUUGGGGGAUGCAGAGGCCCGAGCUUCACUUCUCUGCCAAGUGCUCGUAGCAUGCAACAUUGGGACAGUAGCUUCGUGGUGUUGGGCUUCGAGACACUGGAGCAGGUGAAGAUCUUCAGAAAACGGCCUAUCUUUGUGCUGCUCGCCGUCGACGCGCCCAUUCUCACUCGGCUGGAGCGCGCAGCAGCGACUGACGUUUCUGCCUUUUUGGCUCAGGAAGACAAACUUAUGUUCGGAACAGACACGGAAAAAGCCGGAAACGGAAUUUAUGCCUGCAUGCGCCAAGCAGACGCAAUCGUUUUAGGUGAUGGGGAUCUGUGGUCUCUCAAACAGAAACUGCUCAGGCUCGAUUUGGCCAACCCCGAUCGCCACCGCCCCUGUUGGGACGCAUAUUUCAUUCGGCUGGCUUCGCUGGCUGCGAGCCGUGCGAAUUGCCUGAAGCGAAGAGUCGGCGCUAUCGUCGUCCGCAGCAACCGGCUGGUGUCCACUGGCUACAACGGCACCCACUCAGGUGCAAGAAACUGCCUCGAAGGAGGCUGCCGAAGAUGCAGAGACAGCGAAGUCCAUGCGGGCAGGCAGCUGGAGGCCUGCUGCUGCAUUCACGCUGAGGCCAAUGCCUUGCUGGAAGCAGGCAGGGAACGCUGUCUCGGAGGAACUCUCUACGUGACGUGCCUGCCCUGCUUGAGCUGCGCCAAGCUGACGAUCCAAGCUGGCAUUGAUUGCGUUGUCUACGCGGAGUCUUACGACGCGAAAAGCGGCUCGCUGGAUUUGUUAAGCGACGCGGGGCUGGAAGUCUACAGAUUCGCGGACCGCUACCCUUCAACUCCGCAUACUAUUGCAGCAUAUGCAGAUUGA